UUAGUGAGCGCGCGGCAUCAGUUCGUCCGGCAACACCGUCGUUAACGGUUAUCGUCGUGUUCUCCGUGCGCCACACCGCGUGUUAUUGCGUCCGUCCGUCCGUUUUCACCGAGUCCAUGUGCGUCUGAUUCGUCGCCGUGCAUUUUUGUGGAGUGCGGUUCGUGUGAAUAUAUUUUUUGGUCUGUUUGGUCGUUUUUGGAAUUGUUUUUAUUUUCCCAAACCGCUGACACCGUGAAAAUCGCGUACGUCGACACUCGCUGCAUUACGGAUACGACAAACCGUGAGCGUCUACUAUUCAAACGAAUUUCCCGCCAAAGCCGAUUAAUUUGAAUCCUAGCAAACCACUGUGCACUCGAUACAUGUUUUAAUAAAAUGUAAUUGGAAUAUGGAACUUUGCGAUAUCAGACGGCAAGGAGUGGGAACAGCCAUUAAAUCAUCGGAUCGCAGCCGCCUGCUUUGAGACGUGUUGACGUCAUCGUCACCAUACACGAGUGCCAGCUGUUAUGCGUAAGCAAUGAUCUACCUGUAUACAUUGAUUACGCUACUGUUGUGGGCGGCCAUUGUGUCUCACUCGGCGUCUGAAUUGGACUGGGUCACUGUGUGCAACCAGCAGACGUGCCGGUGCAAAUGGGUCAGUGGUCAGAAGACGGCUGAGUGCAUCAACUCGGGCCUCACGAGCAUACCUAAGAACCUGAGUAAUGAAAUGCAGGUGCUCGAUCUGUCCAACAACAAAAUACUGGAGAUGAACAAGGACGCUUUCCGGGAGGUGGGCUUAAUCAAUCUGCACAAGCUAAUCGCCCGCAGCUGUUCUAUUGAACUUGUCGACAAGGACGCAUUUCGUGGCCUGGAAAUACUCAUCGAGCUGGAUCUGAGCGACAACAACAUUCACGUACUGCACCCGGCCACGUUCCGGGAUCCGUUCCGGUUGCGCAAGAUCUACCUAAACCACAACCUUAUACAGCGGCUACGGAACGGCCUGUUCAACAAUAUGUCGUUCUUACAAACGGUCGAGCUUAACGCGUGCCUGAUAACAGAUAUUGAACCUAAAACAUUUUAUAACAUCACCAAGUUCAACAGCUUGGAGCUGAACGGCAACCAGUUGACUAAUAUCAAGCCCGAGGUCUUAGAGUCCGUGCCUAGUUUGAUAAACUUGGAAAUCAACAACAACCCGUGGCGAUGUGACUGCAAGCUUAGGCCUUUCAUGAACUUGGUUAUGAAUAAAAACCUCUACUUUAAAACAGCAUCGUGCGCCGAACCACCAAGACUUCUGAACAAGCUGUGGGGCGACAUCAAACCGGACGACUUUGCAUGUCAGCCGAUUAUCCAGUAUCCCGCUCAGAGUUCCACGUUUCAGCUAGACGAUGACGAGCUGAUGACUAUCGGUUGCAAGAUAUACGGAGAGCCGAUGCCCAGCGUCCAGUGGGUGUUCAACAACCGGCCCAUAUCGAAUUACUCGCACGGCGAUUACAAAUUCACGGUAUACGAGAGUGUAGACAACACUAUGGCCAAGUGGAUAAAUCUGACUGUAUCCCGGUCCCGGUUGAUUGGCAAAUCCGAAUUCAAAUGCAUCGCGCAAAACCCUGCCGGAUUGGAAGAACGCAAAAUCACCGUCAUCGUUCAGGGUGGUAGUAAUAAAAGCAUCCUGGGUAGUUCAGUCAGCAUGAAAGAAUCCCUGCCCAUCAUCAUCGGCCUAGUAGCCGGCAUUUUCAUCAUCAUUCUAUUGUUAAUCGUGUGUUGCCUAUGCUGUUACCGACGUCGGCCGGCGGGCAGCGGUUUGUUGUCGAAAAAAUCGCACACCAAUGGCUUUUCAAAUGGCGACGUGCCCAACCAUCACAACCACGUUACAUCAUUAGUUUCAGAGCCAUCUGAACAGCAAAAGAGCCUUUUGGCCGUCGUAAAUCCGGUUCAAAAGCCACCCAGGAGAUACGAAUCGUCACCUACCGGCACCGAAAUGACCGAACUGAAGAGGAAUUUACUAGAUGAGACAUCCGUCAGUGAUGGAGGCGAGGAUAACAGUGGAGCAGCUGUGGCCGACACCCGAGCCGUCGGCACCCCGGAGUCGGGCGUGCUCAAGCCGGCCAGCCAGACGGGCGUCAGGCGCAAGGUGCCGCCCAAACCCCCGCCGAAGCCCAAAAUGAAGGGUGGCCCGUUGUUCGAAGACGAAGGCGAAGACGGUACCGAAGUCUGAGGUCCGUGUCUACGCCCCCCACAUCCACUUCGCCGCGUGCCACACGACGAAUCCUCUGUACUUCCAUGAUUAUAAUAUACGUUAUGAUAUGAUGUCUCUUUAUUAUGUAUUAUUACGUACUCGUAUUUUGUUCAUAUGUAUUCGUGUGUAUCCGAUAGCGUACUAAUAUUAUUUUUUCUCUUUUUUUAUUCGUCCACUCAUCGUAAGGCCUUGUACAUUUUUCGUUUUACCACAUACCUUUCGGCUGCUACAAUCGUUUUGGUUUUUUUUUUUUUUUUUAUUAUUUACUUUGAUUUUGCCCUUCCCCUACCCAUAGUCGUAUGAAAAAUGUGAUUUAAAGAGAAAGAAUUGAAACGUGUUGUUCUAUAGUUAUAUAAUAUGUAUUAUAUUGCCUUGUCGUCGUCGUCGUCGCAGUUCGAUUGUGGAUUGUGUGCGACACAGCUAGUGUUUUUCGUUUCGUUUAAGAAAGUAUAUUAUAUUAUCAAGAUUAUCUCCUCCCAAAGUUUUUAUUCUUAUAGAUUAAUAAAUAAUAUCGAAGAUUGCAUAGUGCGUUAGCCCCUCGGGGAUCAGCGCGAGUCCGACGUAUAAAAAUCAAUGGAAAAUCCAUGCUCCUCGUGUAUGUUUAACCUAUUUAACGAUGUAUUGCGCACACCGUGUUGAAAAUAUUUUAUAUUAUGAGGAUGCUCGUUUUCGGAUUGAACGUGUUGUGUUUGUGUACUAAGAUAGUAUAUUAUGUUGUGUUGUAAAUUUUUUUUUAUAAAUGUAUUUAUGUUGAUAAUAUUAUGUUUCUAUGAAUCAGUUUCGAUGUUGUCGCAGUCAUUGUCAAUAAAAAAAAAAAAAAAAUAAAAAAAAAAAAUAAAAAAAUAUAGUUGUAUAUUACAUAGUGGGCGGUAUAUUAUGUAUGAAAUGUGUUUGUACUCAUGUUAACCUCUGUUGUCUAUAAAUUUAUUAUUAUUUAUUGUCUUGUUGGUGUUAUUUAUGGUCCCUUUUUUAAUUUGUAGUCGAAAAAAAAUCUAAUUAAGUAAUUAUUAUGACUUCCUACUAUCACAUCGAAUUCUUCAACUAUUUUAUUUUACAAUUAACGCGUCAUUCAUGUAUUUUUUUUGUUUAUUAUGGGACUAUAUUAUCAUUUGUAUUGGAUAUUUUUCAAUUUUUGUUUCAAACAGUGAUAACGCGCAUUUUAAUUCGGCAAUUAAUGAAUGUUCAAUUUUACUCUUUGUGUGUGUUUUAAUAUAUUUUUUAACAAAUUUGUUUUUUUUAUACUUGCUUUG